AGAACUGCUGCAUAUAGAUGAGUCAGUAGCCGGUCUCAGCUAACCCACAGACAUAAAAACCAAGGCACUGAGGACCUUCAGCUGGGACAUCCAAACUCUCGAAUCGAAGGUGCAAGGGACUUGCUCACAUCAGCCACCUGGCUGCUUUCUUGGGGACCAAGAAAAUGAAUCUUCGUCUCCAUAUUUACCCCAGCGGUCCAUGAGGAAGUCCCAUGCAGUGUACCCCUGACAUGGGUCACAGGAGCCCAGAGUAAAAGGCUGCACAGACAAUGGUGUCCCUGGGUCUGUUCCUCCUGUUCCUUUUGUUCCUUCAGGAGUGGCAGGACAUUGUAAGACCAGGGCACUAACUGAAAGGAUGUUCAAACAUCUUCGGAAAUGGUUUGUCACUCACGUUUUUGGGCGGUCUCGGCAACGAGCAAGGCUGGUCUCCAAAGAUGGAAGGUGUAACAUAGAGUUUGGCAAUGUAGAUGCGCAGUCACGGUUUAUAUUCUUUGUGGACAUCUGGACAACUGUGCUUGACCUCAAAUGGAGGUACAAAAUGACUGUGUUCAUCACUGCUUUUUUGGGGAGCUGGUUCCUAUUUGGUCUCCUGUGGUAUGUGGUAGCCUAUGUUCAUAAGGACCUCCCAGAGUUCUACCCUCCUGACAAUCGUACUCCUUGUGUGGAGAACAUUAAUGGCAUGACCUCAGCUUUUCUGUUUUCUCUGGAGACUCAAGUGACCAUAGGCUAUGGAUUCAGGUUUGUGACGGAACAGUGCGCCACUGCCAUUUUCCUGCUUAUCUUCCAAUCCAUUCUUGGAGUGAUCAUCAAUUCAUUCAUGUGCGGUGCCAUCUUAGCCAAGAUCUCUAGACCCAAGAAACGUGCUAAGACCAUUACAUUCAGCAAGAAUGCGGUGAUCAGCAAGCGUGGUGGGAAGCUCUGCCUCCUCAUCCGAGUGGCUAAUCUUAGGAAGAGCCUUCUGAUUGGCAGUCACAUAUACGGCAAGCUUCUGAAGACUACCAUCACUCCUGAAGGAGAAACCAUUAUUUUGGACCAGACCAAUAUCAACUUCGUAGUCGAUGCUGGCAAUGAGAAUUUGUUCUUUAUCUCCCCGCUGACAAUCUACCAUGUCAUUGACCACAACAGUCCUUUCUUCCAUAUGGCAGCAGAAACACUUCCCCAGCAGGACUUUGAAUUAGUUGUCUUUUUAGAUGGCACGGUGGAAUCCACCAGUGCAACCUGUCAGGUCCGCACAUCAUACGUCCCAGAGGAGGUGCUUUGGGGCUACCGUUUUGUCCCCAUAGUAUCCAAGACCAAGGAAGGGAAGUACCGUGUGGAUUUCCAUAACUUCGGUAAGACGGUGGAAGUGGAGACCCCUCACUGUGCCAUGUGCCUUUAUAAUGAGAAGGAUGUCAGGGCCAGGAUGAAGAGAGGCUAUGAUAACCCUAACUUUGUCUUGUCAGAAGUCGACGAAACAGAUGACACCCAAAUGUAGCAGUGGCUUUUUCACCUGAGAAAAGCCUUCCGUGAACCGAAUGGCCAGCAGUGUUCUGAAGCAAGCAACAGUUGGGGGUGUAAAAGCAGCAUGAGAAACUGCAAAGUCUGCCAGCAUAGUCACCCCUGAACCCCAUGGCUAUGACUCUACAACACUCAUAGCUCUACAAGGCUGCAGUAGAAAACAUAUGAUGGACAAAUAUGUCAGAAGCUGGCAUGUGGAAGCCAUAGGAACUCACUUGGAAUCUUCACUAUAACCGUGUGAACUCAUGAAGUAUUGAUGGGAGCAAAAUCAUCCAAGGUCACAUGGACAAGCAAUGGAGAUACUUCUAGAAGACUCCUGGAAGAAGUUAGGAGCUUUAUAUAGCUUCGGGAACCAGCCAUACUUCCCAUUUGAUUCUGUGGAUUAGAAAGAUGCCACUUUCAUCUUAAAAUAGACUUUUAUUAAUGGAAAAAUCUGUCCCCUGAGUUGGGGGAAGUGAGCCAACCAAUCACUGACAAUAUGAGAUUGUCAUACAAAGAAUGACUAAGACUCUAACCUUGUUAAGCUCUUGUGUUUGAAGCCUUCAUCUGAGUCCGGGUCACAUGUUUCAGAAGGGUGAAGUGUCAUCCAGUGACCCUGCACCUCUCUGACCCCAAGGUAAAGAGGAACAAGCUUUGUGACUUAACCAGAUGCUGGGGCUCGUGUAGAAUUUGGCCUGAAUGAUCUCCUGUGGUACAUUAAACCAUGGCCAAGUCCAUUCUCUGGACGCUAAAUGAACGUCCUCCUGUGAAGGAGAACAUUGAAGUUGACCAUGUUGGUUAUGAGACUGGAGAGAUGACUCAGUUUGUAAGAUGCUUGCUGUACACACAUGAAGACCUAGGUUUGGAUCUCCAAUGACCACACAGAAAGCCCGACUUGGUAGCAUGGCCCCAUAGUCCUGGGGAGGUGGAUAUGGGAGGAGGAUGUCUGGAGCUUGUGGGCCGGCUGAAUGGGUGAGGUCCAGGUUCAAUGAGGCCGUUUAAACAAAGAAUGUGAGGGGGCUGGAGAGAAGGCUCAGUGGCGAAAGGACCAUGUCUGCUCUUCCUGAGAACCCAGGCUUGAUUCCUGGCACCCAGCAUGUUUUACAACUGUCUGCAACUCUAAUUUCAGGGCAUCUAGAUGCUCUUUUCUGGCCUCCAUGAGCACCGGGUGCACAGACCAACAUGUAAGCAAGACACUACACAUAUACAAUUUUUAAAAAUGAGGUGGAGAAUGACUGAGGAAGGAAACAUUAUGUCAACAUCAACUUCUGACCUACUGAUUUACACACACACACACACACACACACACACACACACACACACACACAGAGAGAGAGAGAGAGAGAGAGAGAGAGAGAGAGAGAGAGAGAGAGAGAGAGAGAUCUGUGGUGAUAUCUCCUUUAAUAUUCAAUGGAUGGGUUAUGGGGCUACAGGUCUGUUAAAGAGUUUUUAUUCCUUGCUUUUUCAAGAUGGUACUGAGGACUGUGAAAGCAAUCAGUCCAGAAAGGGGUGCAUUGCUAACACUGAACAGUUCUUGUGUUUCUCUGCCCAGUGCUUGAACUGAAACUCUAGGUACGAAGGAGGAGGGAUUGAGACAUGACCUCACAGCCAGGAUGCUCUCUUGUCCCCGAGGGCCAUCCCUACACCUGCCAAAGGGAACAAUUUAGCAGGAGAAUUUACAUCGGAGGGAGGUUCUAAUGUGAAUGUCUUGUCUGUCCAUUUCCCUGCCUGUAUUAUUUUGAAUGCACUUCGAAAAAGAAAGUGGAAUUCAAAGCUGUUCAAAAAUCAGAAUAUUUUUUCAGUAUGUGAUUAAUAAAUUUCUGAAACUGCGUGAGCAAAAA